AUGGGAAAUAAUUUAUGUUACUCAAAAAUAGAGUAAGAAUCAAACUUAACAUAAAUAAUUUGUUUAUACAAAUUAAAUGAAUGCAAUAUAUAUCUAACCAUUGGAAAAAUAGAAAAUGAAUCUGUUGAUUGUUUAGUAUAGGAAGAAGAUUAAUUUAAAAAAUUUCCAGUUUAAUAUAAAUAAGAAACAAAUGACAAAGAUUGCACUUUCAUUAAAUCUACUAAUAGUAUUUCAUUGUAUUUAAACUAUAGAAAAUUCAAAAAGUUAUAUUUUUGUUCUUUUAAAAAACAAAUUAAAUGGAAAUGGCUAAAAUCAUAAUGAUGGAGAAAAGUAAAAAUUAUAUGAGAUAAUUUAAGAUGCUCUAAAAAUAGUAAAUAUAUAAUAUAAAUAUAGGCUGAUGAAAGUUUAAUGAAAUCUAUAGCAUUUCCAGUAUUUUUAAUAAAAGAUUAUACAACUUCAGCAACUAUAAUGCUUAUGGCAAUAAAAAUAUUCAUUGUAGAAUAAAUCUGUUAAAGACUGACUAAAAUUUAUAUAAUUUUAAAUGUAAGUAAAUUUAUAAUAUAAAUACUUUAGUCUGUAGAAUAAGUCUCAAGUUUCAGAUGGGUAUUUUAAUAAGUUUUCGACAUAAGAAAAUCAUAAAAUACUUAUGAAAGUUCAAUAAAUUAGGAUUGGGAAUUGAAAACCACUCAAUUACUAAACUAAAAUAUAUAAAUAGUGAAAAGUAGUAUUCCUUGA